AUGUUGUUAGCCUCACUGGUGAACCUUUGCCAGAGCUGGCAAACUAAUCAUUUGAUACGGAUUGUUUAUAGUGAUGAGGCCAGUAUGCUGUACCAUAUCCUGUUUGAAGAGCUGCUGCGACGUGAGAGUGAGUCCAUGCCAUUUGGAAAUCUGUCAGAAGAGGAAAAACGGUUUCUGUCCUAUUUUCCCUUGAAGAAGUAUCAGCUGGAAAAGAAUAUCCAAGAACUUAAUACCAUUGCAGACCAAGUUGACAGGACCCACAAGACGCUCACCAAGGCCAACCUAGUGGCCAGCUCUUCAGGGGCUGUUUCUGGAGUCAUGAGCAUCCUGGGUUUUGCUCUAGCCCCUGUGACAGUAGGAGGGAGUCUCAUACUCUCAGCAGCUGGGGUGGGGUUGGGGGCAGCAGCUGCCAUCACCAAGGUUUUGACAAAUGCCCUAGAAAAUCGAAGCAAUUCAGCAGCAAGAGACAAAGCCAGCAGACUGGUGACUGCUAGGAUGACGUCGGAGCAUGAGGCUUUCGGAGGAAUAAAGUUGCCUGAAGUCGAGGCUACUGGACAGUGUGUUGCUAAGUGUAUAAGCAUCAUCAAGAGUCUUCGUGCCCACCAGAUGGCCAAAGCUAACUUUGGCUUCAUGUCUAUGGUCAAGAAUUGUGUGGCCACACACAACAUCUCUUUCUGGAAGCCUAGAGAGGUGCAGACAAUCUUCGUAGGCACAAGUCUGGCCGUGACCAAGGGUGCCCAGGUAACGGGUGCCGCUGGGGCUGGCCUCUUGCUCAUGCAAGAUGUGAGCAAACUUCUGCAGAACUGGAAGCACCUGGAGGAGGGGGCGAGGGCAGAGACAGCCAAGGAACUGAGGACACUUGCCAAGGAGCAGGAGCAGGAGCUGAGGCAGCUCACCGAGCGCUACCAGGACCUGCAGCAGAAGGCGAGCGAGACCCCGUCCCAGGGUCCCGAGCAGGGCUCACCUCGCUCACCUCCUCCUUUGCCUGUCAUGGAGCAACAGCUUAGGCCCGGCCCUGGCGGUGCACUGAGGACACCGGCAGAGAGGACAGCCUCUGCCCCAGUGGCGCUUAGGGCCUAA